AUGAAAAUAUUCUCGAGAGUAAAAUUGGUACUUGGUACUGGUACAGGUGGCACCAUGACAGGAAUUGGAAGAAAGAUCGAAGAAAAAUCACCAAACACAAUCGUUGUAGGUGUUGAUCCUGAAGGUUCCAUUUUAGCACUGCCUGAAGAAGAAGAAGAAGGCUUGGAUAGUGCAACUUCAUUAAUUCAAGCAGCCAAAAAUUUGAUGAAUGCAGUUGUAUUGACUGUUAAGGCCUCUUACGUGGCAUCAACGAAAUACCCAAGACAAACUGGAACUGUGGCGUCUCCGAUUGUGGUUUGGAAGAUGAAAGCACCGGAGAAAAAACCUUUGGUAAGACCAGAAAAACCAGAAGAAGUUCGAGCCAAGAUUAGAUUUAGAUUAUCUAAUUUAAUGAAGAAUUCGAAUUUGGAAUAUGAACUACUAGCCAAAUGUGAGUAUUUCAAUCCUGGUGGUUCUGUGAAAGAUCGAAUUGCCCACCGGAUUGUAGAAGAUGCUGAAAAAGCAGGAAUACUGAAACCAGGCGCUACAAUAAUUGAACCCACUUCUGGAAAUACUGGUAUUGGUCUCGCACUUGCAGCUGCUGUUAAAGGGUACCGUUGUGUGAUAGUUAUAUCCGAGAAGAUGUCAAAUGAAAAAGUGGAUGUUCUUAAAGCUCUUGGUGCCGAAGUGGUCAGAACUCCUAUCUCAGCUAGUUCCGAUUCACCUGAAGGACUAUUUGGCGUAACUAACAGACUGAAGAAUGAAAUUCCCAACUCUAUUAUUCUCGACCAAUACAGUAAUCCUGGAAAUCCUUUGGCGUAUUAUGAUACAACUGCUGAGGAAAUAUUGGAUCAAUGUGAUAGUAAAAUCGAUAUGAUUGUACUUGGUACUGGUACAGGUGGCACCAUGACAGGAAUUGGAAGAAAGAUCGAAGAAAAAUCACCAAACACAAUCGUUGUAGGUGUUGAUCCUGAAGGUUCCAUUUUAGCACUGCCUGAAGAAGAAGAAGAAGGCUUGGAUAGUGCAACUUCAUUAAUUCAAGCAGCCAAAAAUUUGAUGAAUGCAGUUGUAUUGACUGUUAAGGCCUCUUACGUGGCAUCAACGAAAUACCCAAGACAAACUGGAACUGUGGCGUCUCCGAUUGUGGUUUGGAAGAUGAAAGCACCGGAGAAAAAACCUUUGGUAAGACCAGAAAAACCAGAAGAAGUUCGAGCCAAGGUGAGAAAAGGCUCACAGAAGAAGGUUCAAAACCCUAUUCAUGCACUGUCAGAGUUUCAGAGUGCAACUGAAUCGAUAUAAUUUCCCAUGAUGAAAAUAUUCUCGAGAGUAGAAAUUGGUACUUGGUACUGGUACAGGUGGCACCAUGACAGGAAUUGGAAGAAAGAUCGAAGAAAAAUCACCAAACACAAUCGUUGUAGGUGUUGAUCCUGAAGGUUCCAUUUUAGCACUGCCUGAAGAAGAAGAAGAAGGCUUGGAUAGUGCAACUUCAUUAAUUCAAGCAGCCAAAAAUUUGAUGAAUGCAGUUGUAUUGACUGUUAAGGCCUCUUACGUGGCAUCAACGAAAUACCCAAGACAAACUGGAACUGUGGCGUCUCCGAUUGUGGUUUGGAAGAUGAAAGCACCGGAGAAAAAACCUUUGGUAAGACCAGAAAAACCAGAAGAAGUUCGAGCCAAGGUGAGAAAAGGCUCACAGAAGAAGGUUCAAAACCCUAUUCAUGCACUG